AUGCUUGGGCUAAUUUUGCUUCACACACUGCUAGUGAAUGUCACUAUACUUGAUCUUAGAAAUAACAGAUUGUCUGGGAAUAUCCCGGACUUCACCAACGCUCAUAACAUCCGUGGUAUUCCUCAUGGGUUGUGUGCUCUAAAAGAUAUCCACCUUCUCGAUCUUGCUAACAAUGUUUUAAAAGGCUCUAUAUCUCCAUGUCUUGGCAAUUUAUCAUUUGGUUUGGAAGAAGUGUAUAGAUCAGAUGCUUAUGAUUUCUUCAUUGGUCUCUCCUACCCUGAGAGCUUCAUUCCUUCUAGGAUGGCAAACACAAAUAGUCUUGGUGUUUAUUUCAGUUUUCUGCUUGUGCUAGAUAAAUUUGGUCAGAAUUAUGCUGCAGGUGGACAGACAAAAAUUGAAUUCGCAACAAAACACCGAUAUGAUGCUUAUGCGGGUAGAAACCUCUUAGACCUUGCUGGAUUGGAUCUUUCACAGAAUAAGCUAAGCGGUGAGAUCCCAACUAAGCUUGGAGGUCUUCUGGAACUACAUGCUCUCAAUCUUUCUCAUAACAAGUUAUCAGGAGGGAUACAAAAAAGCUUUUCAGGUCUGAAGAGUUUAGAAAGCCUUGAUCUGUCUUUCAACAGGUUACAAGGAGAGAUCCCACGAGUACUAGCAGUGCUGAGCAGCCUAGCUGUGUUCAAUGUUUCAUACAACAACUUAUCAGGAGUCAUUCCACAGGGAAGACAGUCUAAUACCUUUGACAUUCGAAGUUACUUAGGUAAUCCUCUUCUCUGUGGGAAACCAACCAACGUAAGUAGUGAUGGCAAUAACUUUCAAUACCCGGGCGAUAAUGAAGUGGAAUCUGUUGAAUCCACAAGUGACAUCGUAUCUUUCUACUGGAGUCUCACUGUAGCUUAUGUGACAAUACUUCUAGGGAUACUUGCAUCACUCUCUUUUGAUUCUUCUUGGAGCAGAGCUUGGUUCAACAUGGUUGAUGCUUUCAUCCACAAGGUGAGGAACUUUUGA